UAGGUCUCCUCCGUUUAUUUUACAACACACACAAAUAAAAUGUCAGAACUCCACCCAACCUCUGGAUUAAUAUCAAAUAUGGAAAAUGGGACUUUUCUGGAGCUGUAUCCCACCUCUCUCUCAACAUCCAUGGAUUCAUCUUCCGGACACAUGUCUAACGUCUAUGUCUAUGUUUCGAUAUUCCUCAGCCUCUUGGCAUUUCUUCUUUUGCUAUUAAUCAUUGCCCUUCAGAGGCUGAAGAACAUAAUCUCUUCCAGUUCUUCCUACCCAGAAUACACCAGUGAUGCUGGGAGUUCCUUCACUAACCUAGAAGUCUGUAGUAUUUCUUCCCAGCGGUCUGCUUUUUCAAAUCUUUCCUCCUGAAAAGGAAUGAAAGAGAAUACAUUGGGAGAUGGAAGAACUUUGUCAAACUCUUGGGGGGAAGUUAUGCAUGCAGUAUUUUCUUUGGAGGACUAAUAGUCAUAAAAGAGGUGACUUUUAAUUUUCACUUUGAUUUUCCUUUUCCUUUUUAGUCUGCAUUUCCUCUCUUUAUUAAUGACAUUUUUCAUCUCUGAGCAGUGAAAUUGAUGGUGCCUCCUGCCUGAUCAUGGCCUCCUGCCUGUAAUAGUGUUGUAGCGUUUCCCCAACCCAUUUAAACUGGGUCUU